AUGAUUAUUCAAAGGUUCAAGGAGAUAAGAGACAAGAUAUACAACAAUAUACACAUGAUCACAGAGAAUGAUAUGAGAUUCAUGAGGGAUGUGCUAUGUACAAGAGAAAUGGAGUAUGGGCGAAUAAAGACAUACUCUGUAGAUGAUAGUAAGGCGCUUGCAUUAUAUACGCUAAAGUACAACGUAGUGGUUCUCUUGGACUUUGUGUGUAGAAAUAAGAUUGAUCUAGGUACAGAUAUUUGUAUGACCAUAUGCGACCUUUUAUUUGAGGACAUGUCUGUGGUAACGCCGGAAUGCAGCCUCGAAAUUGAGGAUAUUAAGGUAAGGAUUGAUGAAGCAAUUGUAGACAUACUGUGCAUGAUCGGUGAUGGGAUGCAUGUCGAGAAAAUACAAAGACGAUUGAGUGAGCAAGAAAUUCCUGACAGGGUCACAGUGAAUCUCGCCGUAAUGUUUGAGACAUCUUCAUGGAAGUCUUAUGAUCUACGUGUUAUUCAUGAGUUUAUGCUUGGACCUGUUCUACUGGAACUGCUCAGAAGCUUCAAAGAGGCGCUUCGUCCACAAAUAAGAGAGAAAAUAAUCAACAUAUGCAAAGAGAAGCUAAGAUUAGGAAGAGAUAAAGCAGUGAUAUAUCAGAUAUUCUAUGAGCUCAAUGAGAAGAAGGACUUAGCUCUUCUGGAUAUUGAUGAGGAAGACAAGGAAGAAUCGUAUGUUGGGUUUGUAUAUUCACUAAUGGUUGAUGAGGAAAGCUAUUUGAAAGGAUAUGAGGCGCUGUCUAAGGCAGGAUUAUUUAAUGACUUACGAAAAGCUCUUGAGAUGAUUAAUUCACUCAGCCAGGCAGAAUACAAGAAAAUCAGGUCUGAGGACGAGAAGCUGAUACAUCAUCUUAUGGAGGUGAUAGUGAAGCUGAUGAUGUUCAGAGAUCGUGAUCUUGAGUAUGUAAGGUUGUAUUUUAUGAGGUUUAUUGAGGUAUUUCUGAAUACUCUUGUGGGGCAGAUAUCGUUGAAGAUCAAGGGAUGCAUAUAUGAGAUUCUCUCGUCGUUUAUGAGAGAUGAGGAAUGUAGAGAAACAAUAGUUGAGUUUAUGAAAGGCGUUGAUAUAUUCAACAAGGAUGGUGUGUCUUUGGAUUUUGAGAAAGAGCUUAGUUACAGAGUAUUUGAGAUGACGCCUAGCUUCCUUAGGUUCUGUGUGUUUUAUGGAGGGAAUAACACUGUGGCAUUUGCAAUCAAUGCGCUUAAAAGCGAAGAUCCAUUAACAAUUAUGCGGAGCUUUGAUGUGCUUGAGAGGUUUUAUGAGAAACGAGCCAUGACAGAGGAUGGAAAGACUGAUGAUUGUGUGAGCUCGCGACUCUCACUGAUGUCUCAACACAUCCGAGUUGCAAUGUUGAACAACCCACAGGUGACAAACAGAGUCUUGGAGUUUCAACUGAAUACUGGGAUAGUUAUAAGUGAUGUGCAGAUUAUCAAUGUGAUUCUAUCGACACCAAAUGUAAGGUUUUUCAAGUAUGCAAGGCUAUUUGCCGAUUUUUCAUUUUUUAUGAAUGAGAACUUUUUGGAAAGACUUGCUGAGGAUGACAUUGAAGGAUUCAGAUAUCUAUAUGAAGUAACGAAGGAGAAUCACGAAGCAUGCAAGUUUGUGAUGAACAACGAGAGCUGGUUUAAUGCAUAUGUAAAUGAAAAUGCAGAUGUGAGGGAGAUUGCAAUACAGAUCUAUGAAAACUUGGUUGAUUAUGACAUUGAGAACGUCGAAGUCGGAUUUGGAAAUGGGUUUUUGGUGCCUGAUGUGAGCCAUCCAACUGUUUUUAGAGUCUUGUCUAAGAUGAUCUUGUAUUCUGUAUACUCAAGAAAAGGUCCGUAUAGUGAUUACAUUACAGACAAAGACUAUGUGCUGGAUAAAUCGAACAUUGAUGAAUACUGCACGUACAUCAAGUGCAGGAUUGUUGUUGGUGACAAUGUUGAGGAGCGAAUAAGGCAUUUAAUGAUGCAAUAUAUAGGAAUCGAUGAGUUGUUUGGAUACUACGAGGUGCUUUCUGGAACAUCGUUGAACAUCCCAUCAUCCAAGAGCCUGUUGCUUAAUAUUGGAAAGAAAAGCACUGAGAUGUUUAUAAGCAUGUUUGAGUCAUCGAACAAUUUUGAGAAAUUCCUGCUGUUUUUUGUGCUUGGAGACAUUUCUAUAGAAAACAGCAAGGCUGUCGAAAGAAUCAUUAGAAACGAAGUGACACGCAUUGUGGUAUCCAGGUCAUCCGAUCCGUCUGAGAAGAUGAUUUUGAGGCAAUGUCUUGUUACACUGCUGUCUCUCAAUAGCAUAGACUCGAUUGUCAGAUUGAUGAAUGGAUACGAAGACGUGGAUCUGCUUAUAAAGGUCUGCAUACGGAACCUCAUGUGUGGAGGCUCGUACUUUCCUAGCUCAGCCGUGAUGAAAGGUUGUUUGGAACUGCAGGUUUAUGCAGUAUUUAUGCUACACUACCAAUCUAUAUGGGACCUGUCUGCAUUGAAAGACUGGAUUGUUUAUCUUAGGAGAGAAUGCAAGGACAAUCAGUAUCUUGAGUAUCUAGUCAAUGAUAUCAAGAGUAAGAAUGCUAGGAUAGGAAUUGAUUAA